CUCGACCCCAUCGGAACAUGAGGUACGAGCAAGAGUGACGACUUUCACGUGCCAACUCUCGCGCCGCCUGUCCGACAGACAUUCCAACAACGAACCCAGAGCGACACCACGUUUCCCAUCUCGUGAUACUCGUGCGAAAAAUGUGAAUCAUUCAAAAAUGGGGUUCAGUCCAUUGUCGCUGCUCGUCCUCCCUUCCAUUCUGUGUGCAUCCAUACCUCUCGCCGUAUUCGCAACGUUCACCACCAUCUUCGCCUUCAGCGUGCUCAUCAUCCGCGCCCUGCUCAUCUACGUCGACUUGGCGCUCUAUCUCCUCCCACGGUCACAGAUCCAGACUGCCGCCAAGCCCAUCACACCUCUCCCGCUGAGCUCACCGGUACUCUCUACCUCGCUAGCCAAAAGGCACCACCACAGGCGUCGCCGCUCCUCCGUCGCCUCCUCCACCGUUUCCGACCCGCCCACAAGCCUGGGCCUCAUCCCCUCCCUAGGUCCGGACAGAGACUACGAAGGCAUAGGCGGCUGGCGCGUCAGCCACGGUACGCAGGAAGGAAAGGAUGAUCCCUGGGUCACCGUGAACCCGCGACCGACGAGCUCGCACACUCAUCACCACCGUACACCGAGUGCAGGGCCGACGACGCCGGGUACGGAGGGGUACCUCGUGAUGAAGCGCAGGAGUCCAAGGGUUGGCAUGUCGCCCAACAGCUCGAGGGCGAGGACGCCGACGGGCAUUCGAGGGGGCGGGCUGCAGGUCGACGGGUACUUUGCUCUGAGCCGCAAUACCUCGCCUAUGCCCGCCAAGAGGGGUUGAUCCCACUGAUCACAUCAAUGUCUAGCUAGGCUAGGUUCACGAUGGGGCAAACAAGAGUAGCCUGCACAAUGGACUGGACGUCUCACUUGCUUUGCUUCGUCCUGUUGAUGUUUGUGUCUACCGACUCGCCGUUCAUAGGUGCUCCGCAAAUCAGAUUCCCCUGCAUAACCGGUUUCCACAAGCCAAAAAUGAGACUCUGUCCCGAGAACUUUGGCCAUCUUGUCGUCGCAAGAAUAUUAAUAAAAGACCGCUACAGGAACAGAUCAAGGUUUGGACUGAAGAAAGAAAAUACUGCCCGUGGCUUCAGAUACAUUAUCCGGCCAAAAAGAGAUGCGUCCUGGUUCCAGAUGGGCAAAAACGACAACGGCAGGAU